GCUUCUACACCGUGAAUACAUUAACCGCCCUGUAAUUGCAUUCCUCCAGCAAAAACAAUGACGUCAUUUUCAUUACGUUGUUAUCAUGACGUCAUUGCGAUUUACCGCUUCUUGGAAUUUUAAUAGUGGACAAAUCGACGACUUGCCCACUCUUAAGUGACCAUGGCAACACCCAAAACAAAUCAGCCGACAGCGCAACCCUUUCAACUGCAUGCACAACACUUGCAACCGCCAGCACAAUACGGUCAACCAAUAACUGGUCAACCUGGGUCCAUGUUGGUGGGCACAGUUAAAGGUCAUAGGGACUGGAACAGUGGUGCGUUCGGUUGUUGUGAUGAUGUCAAGUUAUGCUUUCUUACAUGGUUUUGCUACUCAUGCAUGGUGUGCCAGAUAUCUAAGAAACUUGGGGACUGUCCAUUAAUGCCGUUUUGUGUACCCGGAAGUGAGGUAGUAAUGCGAGCUCGUGUCCGCACUUUGGGUGGUAUUCGGGGAACGGUAUGCAACGAUUGCCUAACGACCACGUUCUGCCCAUUUUGCACUGUCUGCCAAAUGAAGCGGGAAAUGGACGCCAUGGGCAUAUAGGCGGGUCCCACGAGCCAAAAGCGAAAUAGAAACACUAAAACCUUUCACCAAUAAAAUAUUAUUAGCUCAAAAAUAAUGUAUGUAAAUAAACUGCUCUAUGUUUUAAAUCUGUAAUAUUGUACAAUGUUAUUUUCGAUUAAAAAUAAAAUAUGAGCACGGUUUUCUGUCUGAGACGAAGUUGAAUAAUUUAUGACGUUUUUUUUAUUCUACGAAAAAAAGAAAUUUUCAAUAAGCUGUUUUGUAUCGACCAAUUCACAUAUUCAUGUGAAUAAAUUCAAUAGAGGUUACAAAGUCAUAUAAUCGUCAAAUAAAAAACGAUAUUG